UCUUCCUGCCGAUGGCAAUGGGUCCCGUGAGCGAGGUGGGCCCCUUCUUCCAGGGGCUGGAGCUGGACGGGCUCGCGCUGGGGCCCCACCUGGGCAUGGCGCCCACCGGGGCCACCCUCCCCCUGCUGCACGAGCACCUGGCACCCGCGGCAGAGCGGCUGUCGCGUAGCGCGGCGCCGGACCUGGCGCACAUGGAGGGCGUCCUGCGCAGGAGGCAGCUGUACUGUCGCACCGGCUUCCACCUGGAGAUCCUGCCGGACGGCACGGUGCGGGGCACGAGGAGGGACCACAGCAGGUUCGGUAUCCUGGAGUUCAUCAGCCUGGCUGUGGGACUGGUGAGCAUCCGUGGAGUGGACACCGGCCUGUACCUGGGCAUGAACGACCGAGGAGAGCUCUAUGGCUCGGAGAAGCUCACCGCCGAGUGCGUCUUCCGCGAGCAGUUUGAGGAGAACUGGUACAACACGUACUCCUCGAACCUGUACCGGCACGGGGAGCGCGGCACGUACUACUUUGUGGCCUUGAACAAGGACGGCACGUCGAGAGAUGGCGCGAGGUCACGACGCCACCAGCGCUUCACGCACUUCCUGCCGCGGCCCGUGGACCCCGAGCGGGUUCCGGAACUCUACGCAGACAUCCUGGGACCCAGCUGA